AUGAGCGCCGCGACGAGCGUUCGCUCCGGGGGUUCCCCAGUCGGAGUGCCGGUGACGGCGGCGGCGCCUUCCGGCGAUGUCGCGACUUCGACGCCGUCGCUGUUGCACAACCACCACCACCACCAUCACCACAGCAACAAACAUAAAAUCUCCUUCAGCGUCGACUCGCUGCUGUCGCUGGGGCGCACAGUUGCAGACUGGCGCGGUUGGCAGCGACUGACCGCCGGCCCCCGCUGUGUUGCAGAGGUGCUGCUGGGGGGCGGCGAGGUGCCGCGGCUGCCGGGAGGCGGCGCGUUGGCGCACCACCACCCCCACCCGCCCCCGCCGCCCGUGCGUUGCACACUGCGGAAGCACAAGCCCAACCGCAAGCCUCGCACGCCCUUCACGACGCAGCAGCUGCUGUCGCUGGAGAAGAAGUUCCGCGAGAAGCAGUACCUGUCCAUCGCCGAGCGCGCAGAGUUCUCCUCCUCGCUGCACCUCACCGAGACGCAGGUGAAGAUCUGGUUCCAGAACCGCAGGGCGAAGGCGAAGCGACUGCAGGAGGCGGAGAUCGAGAAGCUGCGGCUGUCGGCGCGGCCGCUGCUGCCUCCGUCGUUCGCGCUCUUCGGCCCUCCGCCCCCGCACGCGCCACACGCCCCGUUCUUCGCUGCGGCCGCGAUGGCGGCUGCGGCGGCGGCGGCCGGGGCCGGAGGCGGCGCCGGCGGGGGCGUCGCUGGGGGCGGCGCGAUGCUGCGGCCGCCGCACGCGCCCGGGCUCGGGGGCGGCAUCUUCGGGACGCAGCCGCACUGA